CUUCAUCUCGAGGGCAUUAAUUCCGCUGUCGUCCUCCCGAGCACGUCUGACGGAAUCAUAAAAUAUCGGCUGAGCCGGAUUUCCUUUGCACCGUUCCAAACUUGCGGAAGUUGCGGAAGCAAUGCCGCACUAGAAGGCAACCAGUGCCCGGCACCACAGCUCCCAGCCUCUGGAGAUGAGGGGCCCUCUUUGCUGACAAUUAUGUGCAUAAAACGGCUGACAUGCUGAUCCAAGGUGUGUCGCCUGCAUUUACUAUCACGGACCCACCGCUAGAGUGGACUCUUGUUAGUAGACCCGGAUAACGUCAUUUGCGAAGCGCAAAUCGUUCUACUUACCAACCGACUGCGAUGACGUAGGGCGGGCACGUCCGCUCCUUACAAGUUCUCGCUGGCUCCACUCGCUGUUUGCAUCAUCCCAGCUCAUCCCAGCCAUCUCUCUGCCGGCCCGGGGGGAUAAGGUUGCGAGCUGCGAGGUAUAAAGGCUCCGAAUGGGCUAUCUCCAACGUGGAUCCCCCCGCUCUGCCCGAUGAUUGCCUCCGCCCCAUCCCGUACCAGAAUCCGUGCGUCCCCCUAAAAUCCAUCCCAAUUACGCGUCUUGGCGACCAGCGACGACGAUGUGUACUGGGAGGCGUAAAAUUGAAGCUUGCUUGAUGUGAUGGGGAUCGUCAUUGGCUGCUAGCCUCGCAUAUCACGGCCGGCAGGCGUAGCAGCUGAUGCCAGGACGCCUAAUUCCCCAAUGGGGAUAUUCGUUCUCACGCGGCAGACAUCUUUUGACCUGCGUGGUCUUUCAGUUCUUUCAAGUCGACGAGUUCUUCAGCGGGCAGGCACCAGACGUUUCUCAGCACACUCCCAUCCCCACCGCUGAUCGGUGCGAGAGCACGCACACCCAUCGACACGCGAAUACUGCGCACACACAAGGCUUUGGAGCCCCAGCUGGAUCGCGCGAUCAUGAGAUACCACUCGCCGCUUUUCUCCGGACGCGACUCAGUCGCCUCAGACCAGAGCGUCGCCACGAUCGUGCCCAGCGCGCCGCCCACGCCUGCUGGCCCCCCAAAGGAGGAGGAGGAGGAGGAGGAUAGCCGCUGGUCGGAGGUCGUGCCACCGGAUUCCGCGCUGACGUUCGGUGUCGAGUGGGACGGCGGGGAUGCGGGGAUGACUAUCUCGCCAGUCGAGAUGGACGAGGCGACCUUUCGACGCGCACGAGGCAGCGCCCGCACCGCUCCAUCCGACAUCGACGGCCGCUCACAAGUGCUCACGAUCGGGACCGGGGGCUCUCUCUUUGGGCUCGGCCGAAGCGGAGACGCGGGGGAGGGGCGCGCGUCAGAGUACACCACGACCCUGCAAUUUCUGAGCGAGAACCACGGGUUCAAGUUCGCCGACUCUGCGUACUUCCCUGGGGCCCCGAACGCCGGGCGCACGUCGAGCACGCUGGACGGGCUGGACGUGUAUCUGCGCGGGUCGAUGAUGGGCAGGGCGCAUAACGGGAAUCGCUACGCCUCGUGUUUCGAGGAGCUCGACGGCACGUUUACGUUCGAUCCGCGCACGUCGUUCGCACGCGACUGGUUGCAUGACGAGAAGCGAGACAAUGUGAGCGAUGAGGGAUUCUCCGAGGGCGGGUUGUAUGAAGGUGACGACAGCCAUCUGCCAUCCCGGUUCUCGACCACUACGACAUCGACCUCCAACUACGUGAAUGUCGACUUCCCGGCCGAUAUGAUGAACGACGCGUCCUCCGCUUCCUGGUCGAAGCUCGAUGCCCCGAAUACGCCGGGUUACCAACAGAUGUUCCCCAGACAACCCACAGCCAGCGGCAGCGACCGCAGCGCUAACACCGCCCCGAGCAGGAAUCGCCUGCACAAGCACCGCGCAACCGCCCCUGCUGCGGGGCCCGCACCGCCAGUCGACGUGCUCAGCCGCUCCGGAUACAACCACGACGUGCCGUCCCCCACACCCCUCGCGCUGCCCCUCCCGCCCCCAGUCCCGUGCCGGUCGCACUCGUCCCCGGGCCCCGCGCGCGCCCGGCCGCCCACCGCCACAGCCUCGCCCGCCGUUGCCGUGUCGCCCCGCGCGAGGAAUCUGUCGAUGAAAACGCUGCCGGCGAAGCUGCGCAGCAUCGGAAGCAGCCACAAGGGGAAGAGUAAGCCCGAGCCCGCCGGGUGGGUGUGGGUCGAUGUCAGGGAAGAUCGGCUUCCCCCGGUUCCGACGCUCGAUCGGCUGUUGAUGCCAGCCUACGAGAUGUGAUUGUGAUGCGAUAGUGAACAACUGAACAUGAACAUGAAGUGAUGUGUUAAUGAACUGCUGGAGUGAUGUCUCUGUUUUUUACCCUUACACACGCUGGUUGGACGGAAGCCUCGAUGGCCUGAAUUUGUUCUCUUAGAUAUACGCUGUAUUUGUGCCUGUGAAUUUCAUUUGAAUAGAAAAAAAACGACCGUCACGUAUAA